GUCGCUGAAAGUCUAUGUAUUCGAACUUCUACCUCGUUAUGACUCUGGUGGUCAUUGAACUAACCUGUCCAUCUGCAACUCCAAAGAGGCACACUGAUCUCACUGCAUGCAUGCUGUUUGUGGAGAAAACUUCCAUUAAUAUUAUACUCCUGCACAGCCAAGGCUAUGACCUCACUCACGUUGAUGAUAUAGGAAAGUUGUAGCUUAAAGGGACGACAGCAGACACAAGAUUCCAUAACAUUACCACCUGUCCUUUCGCCCUUUACAAUCGAAACAAUAUGACCGACUUUGUCCGCCGUCUGGUGUCUGGAAACAAAGCUCGAUUCAAGGAUGGGGAUUUGGACGUCGACUUGGCAUUUAUCAUACAUAGACCUGGCGUAUAUUACCGAUAGAGUGAUUGUAAUGGGAUACCCAGCAACUGGGAUUGAAGGUUUCUAUCGUAAUCGACGAGAAGACGCGAAACGGUUCCUUGAACAUCGGCAUGGAAAGAAUUACUGGGUAUUCAACUUCUGCCCAGUGCGAGAGAACUCGUACCCCGACAGUGUAUUCGAUGGUCGUGUUAGUCGAUACCCCUUCCCAGACCACCAUGCUCCCCCGUUGGCCAUCUUGGCACUUGUGGCUAGGGAGAUACGAGAAUGGCUAGAUGGUUCUCCUGAACGAGUAGCCGUCUUGCAUUGCAAAGCGGGCAAGGGCAGAUCAGGCACCAUGGCUUGCGCGUAUCUCUUGUCGCUCGAAUUUGCACCUAGCCGACCUCAGCUCGAACGAAACAAAGACACGACAGAGCGUGCUAUAGAGCGCGCCAAGGAACUCAUGAAUACCAUGCCUACCGACGAUGCCCUACCAGAAAACGAAAUCAGCAGGGACCCAUCCGAAGAGGACUUGGUGAAGGUUGAGCUUUCAAGCAAAAGCCCAGGGCCGGACGGCCCAGUGAAGACUGAAUCGGUGAAGAGCGAGACGACAAAUAGCCUGAGCCGUGUCCUGGAUCUUCACACUUCACGCAGGAUGAUAUCUUCUUCUCCUGGGAAGAACGUUAAGCCAGGUGUCAGUAUUCCCAGUCAAAGACGUUGGCUGUAUUACUGGUCCCUACUCCUGGCGCACCAGGAGCCUCCAGGUUUUUGGUCGUUAGAUCCUAAGAUUCAAAGUCAGCCUCCGCCGAAAGUGCAGUUGACGCAGGUUAAACUUCGCACGCGACAGUUGUCUGGAGUGAAAUACAAUCUUGUCAAAGCCGCGAACGCUCUGAUCGACAGCACCAGUCUGGGGAGGAUCUCGAGUAUGCGGGCGAAUGCAACGGCUCAGAGCAAAGGCCAAAUUUGGAUAUCACUCGCUCGUUACGACGAUGACUUAGUGGGAACUCUCGAGAAAUGGGAGAAGCGUACCCGGAAUGAGGACGGUAAUAUGGGUAAGCGCAGAAAUGGUUCAGAGAAUAGGGACGAACACAUCGAAGACCUAUUCAAGACGGACAAGUGGGACAAGGCGAAAAUGGUUAGGAGUUUUGCCAGACUUGGCGGCGUUGGUGAUGCUUCGGUCCAACAGGAAGAUGCUACGGUAUCGACUCACAUUCUGUCACCAUUGUCGAAUGACAAUUGGGAAUCUAUUCGGCACAAUAUCGAAGAGGACGAGGGUAAGGCGGCCCCACCCGGGGGUGAUGUGGUAUCCGAAGAGACGUCUCUUUACGAUGUUACACGAGCUUUGAACGGUGGCGGCGGCAUCGUACUGAAUGCCAACCGCGACGUUCGCGCGAAGUUGUACAUGGGUCAGGUAUUCAUGGGUUGGUUUUGGUUUAUACCAACUUUCCAUAUGCAGCACCCACGCUCAGCCGGCGCAGUGACAACCCUGCGAUUAUCCCGUAAAGAAUUGGACUUCCCGCUCGGCAUUGGGUCAAAUAUCAUCGACCUGGAAGUCACCAUGGAAUGGUGUUCUGAGUCCGCCGAUGUCGUAGAGCCGCCUGUGCGACAGGGUAGUCCGGAAUCCCAGGCAGGCGAGGGCGAACCUACAGGGUUUGCGGCGACAGUGCAAGCCAUUGCCACUGGAAAUCCCAGGGAGGCAGUAGAAGCAAAGGAGGCAGCUGAGGGUUGAAAUUGAAGGUUUGUUCCAUCGUGACGGCCGUUACAUUGUAAAUGUAAUUUCCUUGAAAUCAGAGAGCAAUUCAUUCAUCUGUCUACAUACUUACUCCGACUCAG